AUGCCGGCAGCGGCAGCGCGUGCAAUAGGAAAAUACUCGGCAGCAAUGUCUGAACACAGUCAACGCAGUGAACACACCACACCCGAUCCGUCGACCCCCAACCCCAUCGUCCCAAUCAUAACCGCCGUCGAACGCCCUGAACCUGGACGCACUGAACGACCCGAACGCCCGCAGUGCUGGGAAUGUCGUCGCCGUCGUCUGGUUUGUGACGGCGUCCAACCCGUAUGCACGAAAUGCCGUGCCGCCGGCAUCGUGUGUCCCGGGUAUGCAGACAAGAAACCGCUGACUUGGCUCGCACCGGGCCAGGUCAUGUCACGCACCCGCAGGAAGAAGAACCCAAGUACCAAAGUUCCAAACAGUAAAGCGCCGCCCCCUCGCAAGGCUUGCCACAGCGCCAAACGGAGACUCGAAAAGAAGGGUCGGGCUGUGGCUGGUGACUCCAGCGAAGACUCUCGGAGCGAUACCCAGGACGAAAUGGUUGAAUUUCCACGUCCCGUUGAGAUCCGGCCCGAGGUUUGCGACAUUUUUGAAGCCAUGCUCUACUACAAUGGCCACAUCUACCCGCAGCUCGAACAGUCUCAGCUGGCUCCGAGUGGCUUCUUGUUCCCCAUCGUGCUGGUGCAGGAUAUCCCCCCGUCCAUCGUCCACACUCUGGUGUCUGUGGUUGUUGGCCACCGGAUCACCCAGAUGGUCGACGAUCCCACAACCAGCCAAGUUGUUAAACCGAUGUGGACACGCCUCUACCGUCACCGUGACAUUGCGGUGCGCGAGAUUACCAAACUAGUCUCAAACGAAGCGACGCGGAAGAAUAUUACCACACUCGUUGCCGUCUACUCCCUCCUCUUCGCCAUGCUUCAGCAGUCUUUUACCCCGGGCUGGCGGACCCACGUGGAUGCAUACAUGAGUCUGCUCCACCUUCGGGGGUCGUUUGAAGAUGUGAUUCGUGACGUCCCUUACAUCGAGCUCAGCAUGAUGGCGCUAUUUAUCGUCAGCGUUUUCGCCAACACCACCAGCCCCAACAACAACCAACUCCAAAUCACCAGCACCGACGGAACCCUCCGCCUCGCCUCCACCUACUACACCGAGACCUACUACCCGUCCAUCAACUGCCCCAGCACCCUCUUCACCGACAUCAUUCUCAUCAACGACCUGCGCACGCACCUCCCCUCCCCAGAAACCACCCGCACCGCCCACCUCCUCCUCGCCCGCAUUGAAGCCUUUUCCCCGACCGCCUUCAGCGCCGACAAGGACGCCUUCGAAGACGAGUGGCAGCUCCUCGGCAGCAUCUACCGCGCCACCACCGCCCUCUACGCCAUCCUAUCGCUACAAUCCUCCGGCGCCCUGCCGCGCGCCUCCGCCGAGCUGGGCCUCGCCCGCGCCCGCCACGCCCGCCAGCUGUUCGGCCUGCUGGAGAGGGCCGUCGAGGUGCCGCGCGUGCGGAAGCGCACCACCUGGGCGCUGAUCGUGGCUGGGGUGGAGGCGGCCAGGGCGGGGGCCGGCGUGCAAAAGUGGAUUGGGGAGCGGCUGGAUGAUAUGAGUCGGGAUCACGGCGUGGCGGGGCCGAGGGUGGCCAGGGCGACGCUGGAGAGGUUUUGGGCUAGGGGGGGCGGGUCGUGGGAUGAGUGUUUUCCGGAGCCGUGCUGUUUUUUGAUGUGA